AUGGCCCUAAUCGAGAAGCUUGCCCUACUCAAUCACCAGCUGGGAGCAGCCCUAGAGGAAAGUCGCCUCGGGUAUGAUUUAAGUCUGGAUGAAAUGAGAGCUUUGACCUUUCAGAGGGUGAAGUUUAUCAUGGGGCUACCUCUGUUAAAACGUGUGAUUCAGGAACAGGCAGAGAAAACAAGGAAUUUUGUCAGUCGGAGCCUGGUCAUAGGAGAAGUCCUCUCCAUAGCGGACAUGGCCACAGGAGUAGAGUGUGGAAUAAUUUAUUGGCUAUUUGGUGGUGCCGUCAGGAACCUUGGAAGCCCAGAACAUGUCACUAAGUGGCUUCAGCCACUCCAGGAGCAGCAAUACACUGGGAUGUUUGCAAUGACCGAGAGGGAACAUGGGAGCAACGUGAGAGGGAUCCAGACUGAAGCCACCUUUGACCUCUCUGCACAGGAGUUUGUGAUCAACACACCAUGUGAAAAUGCUGAGAAGAUGCACAUUGGAAAUGCGAUGUAUGCGAAUUAUGCCGCCGUCUUCGCUCAGCUCAUCAUAAACGGAAGAUCGCAAGGGCCCCACUGUUUCAUUGUUCCUGUCCGCGAUGAAAACGGAAGCUUGUACGCGGGAGUGACAGCUAUUGAUAUGAUGUACAAGGAAGGUCUGCACGGUGUGGAUAAUGGGAUCUUAAUAUUUCACAAGGUUCGGAUACCAAGGGAGAACCUGCUGGAUAAGUUUGGUUCUGUGGCUCCAGAUGGGCAGUACCAUUCCCCUAUUAAGAACAAGAGUGCAAGAUUCAAUGUGAUGCUGGCAGCGCUGACCCCUUCGAGAUUAGCUGUGACUUUCCAAGCUAUGGGUGCCAUGAAGCUUGGGUUGACAAUAGCCAUUCGCUACAGCCACAGCCGGAGGCAGUUUGGGCCUAAAGCCAAGGAAGAAGUCAAGAUCAUUGAGCACCAAACACAGACCCUUCGGCUGAUGCCUCACCUGGCCACAGCUUUGGCCUUGACCUUCGCCAGCAGGUAUGCCGGGGUCCUUCUGGAUGAGGACAUCUUCCGUGGGAAGGAGCUUGUGGACAGUUGCCCGCUGCAGGCGCUGGUGGCGGGGCUGAAGGCCUACAGUACCUGGGAGAACGUCAGCUGCCUGCAGGACUGCCGCAAGUGCACGGGAGGCAUGGUUGUGGUGCGGGAACUGCUGGCUCAAUACACCAAAGAGCAUAAAGAGAAGCCACUUUUCAGCUGGCUCCGAAACUGCGCUGAGUCUGGGAGUGACAAGCUGAGAACCAGCUUCCUGGUGCUUAAUGUGGACACAGUCGAUAAUCUUGCCUUUCUGUUGAAAGCAGUGAAUUUUCGUGAAAGGGUUCUUCAGCGGAGUUUGGUGGCCAGAAUUUAUUAUAAGGUGAUGACCAAGAAAGAGGACUUUUUCAGUGCCUGGAACUCGUGUCUUCAUCAUGUUGCCUCCCUGUCUCUGGCACACAUCCACAGAGUUACGUUAGAGCAGUUCUGCCUGGCAGUGAGGAGCUGUCCUGACCAAGAGGACCAGUCUUUGUUCAUGAAGUUUUGUCUGUUAUAUGGAACCAAGCUGGUGUUCCAGGAGCGAGCCUGAUAUCUAGAACAUAAAUUUUUGACUCCCAUGGCCAGCACGAGGAUUAGGAGUCAGUUGCUGGAUUUGUGCGACUCGGUGAAGGAUGAUGCCCUGAAGGUGAUCUCUGCCUUUAACAUUCCACACACCUCCCUCCACGCACCAAUCGCAGGAAUCACCAACGCGCAGGCCGCCUGGGCCUUCUACCCAGCACCGCUGCAACCCGAGCCCCGAGAAGGGGCGCGCUUUCAGCCGCCCAAGCUGGAAGCCAAGUUAUAG